AUGUCAGAGCAGACUCUGGCAGAGGCCAGAGCUCCACUGACAAGGGAAGACACUUGUCGGGAUUAUCAGUCCUUGUUGGAAGCCCUGACCUUCAAUAAUAGCAAACCACACAUCAAUAUGCUGACCAUUGUAGCCUAGGAGAACCUGCUCUUUGCCAAGAAGAUCCUCUCUCAUUGAGGCCCAAACCGCCAGGUUCCUUCCUCAGAGAAGCUCCCUCUUAUGUACCUUAUGGAUUCUAUCAUGAGAAAGGUUGAAAGACAGUAUAUCACUGCCUUUACUAACAAUCUAGUUGCAACAUUUAUUUGUGUGUUUGAAAAGGUGGAUUAAAAUACUAGAAAAAGUUUUAAAUUACGUUCCAAAUGAAAUGAAAUAUUCCCUUUGAAGAAACUUUGUGCCUUGGAUGUCAGAGUCAAUUCAUUAGAUCCUGCUUGGCCUAUUAAACCUCUGACCCCCAAUGUGCAGACAUGUAGCAUCUACCUAACGCCCACAUUUUUAAAUAAAUCACCUGAGGAGCCUUCAGCACCUGGCACGGUAGUCAGCUCCCCCAGUAUCUCCACUCCUCUGAUUGUCUCUGACAUACAAAAGAAUCUUACUGAAGAACAACUAAUAAGGCAACAAUUACUUGCAGAACAAAAACAGUUGUCAAAACUUUAGCAAAAAAAGCUACAGCUUGAGUUAGAAGAAGCUAAGGCACAACUGGCAGUAUCUCUUAGCGUUCAGCAGGAGACAGCCAACUUGGGUGCUGCAUCAGCACCAUCUAAAUUACGUGUUUCACAAAUUCCCACCAUGGCCGAUAAAACUCCCCAUCAGGUUCCUGUGCAUCCUGACAAGUGCCGACCAGGUCUAUCUUUACAAAUUCAAGAAUUGAAAGGAACUACCCUGGAUCCCUGUCUUAACAGGAUGAGCCAACAUUCUUCCCAUGGCAAAGAGCACAGUCAUAGGAAGGAAUUUGUAAUGAACACAUUAAGCAAGUCUGAUGUUAGAACAAGGAAAACUGUACCCUCUGAAAAACUAAAUUCAUCCAAGCAAGAAACAAGUGAAUCAAGUGAAAAAAUAACCAAGCAAGAACUUGACAAGUUAGAUUCUAAAUCUCAAUCUAAAUCACCUUUGAAAAACAAAUUAUCCCACCCCAAAGACUUGAAAAGUCAAGAAUCGGAAAGGAUGAGGUUGUGUGGUAUGAACAAGAGAGAUCCAAAUAUAAAAAAGUACCUUCAGGAUAGAGCUGAGAGCAAAGAUGAAGAUGUAAAAGAAAAGAGAAAAACUGCAGAGAAAAAAGAUAAAGAUGAGCACAUGAAAUCAUGUGAACACAGACUGAUUGGAAGGAGAAGUCAAAUCACAAAUGGCAUUGUUCAAAAACAGGACAUGGUUACAGAAGAAUUGGAAAAACAAGGGAGAAAACCAGGGAGAUCAAGUACUCAAAAGAGAUCAAGAUCCAGGUCAUGUAAGUCUCGGUCACCAAUUGUACAUUCCCCAAAGAGAAGAGAUAGACUGUCACCCAAACAAAGGCAAAGAAGUAUGUUUCCAACUUUGGUCCCUAAGUCUGGAAAGAUGCAUCAGUCAGGACUUACACAGUCACAUAUGGAAGAGUUCCCAGCACCUUCUAAGGAAGAAAGAAAUGUUAAGAGAAGUACUAAGCAGGAUGUUCGAGAUCCCAGACUGCUGAAAAAGAUGCAUGAAGGUAGGCCUCAAGAUGCUGCAAGUAAAUGCUCUAUGAAGUCAGACGCAGAGCCAAAAGAGAAUAUAGAGAAUUGGCAAAGCUCCAAGUUGGCCAAAAUAGGGAAAUCUGGUUGGGAAGAAAAAAAAAGCUUCCAACAGUGUGAUGAGCAUAGUAAAGCACCUCAUCUAAGGCAUAGGGAGAGCCGGUCAAGCACUAAAGGAAUCUUGUCACCUCAAACCCCAAAGCAGCACCAUCGACCAAGGGUAGAUGCCAAUCUUCAGAUUCCUAAAGACUUAACUGUUGCAAGCCACAGAGAAUUUCUUCAAAAGACGAUUGAACGUUUUGCUUCUGGUGAAAUUACACAGGAUGAGUUCCUUGGUGUUGUGCAUCAAAUUCGACAGCUCUUUCAGGAUGAAGAAGGUGGAGAAGAGGAGCAGAGAUCUCCAUUCAAUGAUCGAUUUCCACUUAAGCGACCUAGAUAUGAAGAUUCAGAUACACCACUUGUAAAUGGGCCAGCAUCAAGAUUUGCUGGCCUUUGUACAAAUCAGCAGCUUACAGCUUUAGCUGCAGACCGACCAUUAUUUGAUGGGCCUGGUAGGCCAUCUGUGAGGAGAGAUGGCCCAGCCAAGAUGAUUUUUGAAAGACUUAAUAAAUUAAGCCCCAGAAUUGAUGGCCCUCCUACACCGGGUUCUGUUCAGUUUGAUAGGUCACCAGGACAAAUGGGGGGAGGAGGCACUAUGCCGUUCCAAGGACCAAAAGGUCAGUUAGGAGGUGGAUGUCCUUUGAGAGUUCAAGUUCCUCCAGCACCAGUAGGAAAACCUCUGUGGUGUGAAGGAACAAUUGGAGGAGGAGGAGGAGGCAGUAUUCGAUUUGAAGGUUCAACUAGUGUGAGUUUUGAGGGAUCUACAGGUGUUUUGGGAUUUGAAGGACCCAGGAGUAAGCCUGUAGGUGGUGUGAGGUCUGAGGGCCCUCAUGGACAGCCUGUGGGUCAUGGUCAAUCAGGGCCAGCAAUUAGGUUUGAUGGGCCUCAUGGUCAGCCAGGUGGGGCUAUCAGAUUUGAGGGCCCUUUGCUACAGCAAGGAGUAAGAAUGAGGUUUGAGGGUCCCCAGGGUCAGUCUGUAGCUUGUCUAAGAAUGGAAGGACAUAAUCAACUAGGUGGGAACCUUAUUUCUGAGAGACCACGUGGUCAACCAGGGGUUGAGAUCAGGUUUGAAGGACCUCUAGUAAAACAGGGAGGUGGAAUGAGGUUUGAGGGUCCUGUACCAGGAGGUGGCCUGAGAAUUGAAGCACCUCUGGGUCAAGGUGGUCCAAGAUUUGAAGGUUGUCGCUCUUUAAGGUCUGAUGGACAGUUAGGUCAACCAUUACUUUUGACAAGAUGUGAUGGAACAUAUGGCCAGCCAGGUCCUAGAUUUGAAAGAAAUGGUCAGCCAGGUCCACAGAGAUUUUCUGAGCCACCUGAACAGCAGGUUCAACCGAGAUUUGAUAGUUUACCUCAACGAUUUCAUGGGCCACAACAGCAGCAAGCAUCAAGAUCUGAUAUUUUUAUUGGUCUGAAAGGUACCCAACAAGACAAUCAUCCUUCACAAAGGCUUGAAUCUUUCAAUCAGACUUGCCCAUAUAAUGACCCACCUGGCAAUGCUUUGAAUGUUCCAUUUCAAGGACUACAAUUCCAAAGACAUGAACAAAUAUUUGAUACACCUCAAGGACCAAAUUUUAAUGGACCUCAUGGCACUGGAAACCAGAAUUUCCCAAAUGCCCUUAACAGAGCUUCAGGACACUAUUUUGAUGAAAAGAAUCUUCAGAGUUCUCAGUUGGGAAACUUGGACACUUUACCUAGUCCAAUGUCAGUAGGAGAUAUUCAGACAUCUCAACAGGUUCUGACUGGUGUUGCUCAGCCAGUAGCAUUUGGCCAAGGACAACAAUUGUUACCAGUUCAUCCACAGAAUGCAGGAGCUUUUAUUCAAAAUCCUUCAGGAGGUCUUCCUAAGGCAUAUCCUGAUCAUCAUGUCAGUGAGGUGGAUGUACAUGAAUUGUUUUCAAAACUGCUGAAAGCAGGACUACUCAAAUUGUCACAGCCUGAUUCAACUGCAAUACAGGAAAAGGAGGCUGAUGCUCAGCCUCCCUCUGAAGAGGCAAAGGAUCAGAAUGAAGAUCAAGAUGUUCCAGAUCUCACUAAUUUUAAAACUGAGGAAUUGAAACAUCGUUAUGACAGUAUCAUAAACCGGCUGUACAUGGGGAAUCAGUGUUCUUCUUGUGGAAUGAGGUUUCUGACAUCCCAGAGAGAUGUUCAUGCAGAUCACUUGGACUGGCAUUAUCAGCAAAAUAGAACUAAGAAAGAUGUUAGCAGAAAGUUCACUCAUAGACGUUGGUACUGCAGUUUAAAAGACUGGAUAGAAUUUGAAGAAUCAGCUGAUCUGGAAGAAAGUGCAGAACGCCAGUGUUUUGAAAAGGCACAUAAAGACAUUGUCCAGAAAUCUCAGAAGGCUUCUAAAGCAAAGGAGUUCCAAAGUGUCCCUGCUGGACCAUUUGGAGCACUUGAGAGUUGUGAAAUCUGUCAAGAACAAUUUGAACAGUACUGGGAUGAAGAGGAGGAGGAAUGGCACUUAAAGAAUGCUAUUGGAGUAGAUGGAAAGAUUUACCAUCCAUCGUGUUAUGCAGAUGACCAAAAUACAUCUUCUUUUGAUUGUAAACCAUCUGCCAUGAAGACGCCAGUUGAAAACCCUUGGAACAUUAUGUUGAACACUGUCCAAAAGGAUUUGCAAGAACCCUGUGAAAGUCUCAAAGUUAAGGAAGAGCAAACUGAUGUCCCACCAGCCUGUUCAGAAGAAAGUAUAGCAACACCCACUGACAUUAAAACAGAAAAUGAUACAGUUGAGUCAGUUUAA